AUGGAUAUAGAGUUCAGUGUUUCGAACUUAUGCGCCUCAGGAGGGGGCGAGUUACACCUUGCUUUUGUUGUGGGGACGUGGAAGCAGUUGGAGGAGUUUCUUCAUGCUGUCUUCGACCAGGGGACGCUCAGGCAUCGUGUGGCCCUCGCCAGGCGCAUCGAAACGUUGGUCCUGGACGGCUGGGGUCCUUGUCUUCUAAGCCGAGUUUCAGCAGUUAUUUCUGGAGCCCUCACUGCGAAGGUUGACGCCGCCGCAAGGGUCAUACAAACGCUGGCUAUUAAGAACGAUGACGACCCUUUGGAAGGCACCUCAAGAGCCGAAUAUGACUCCAGAGCAAACCAGAUACUUGAAGAGGCCCUCAACUUGUGGGAGUAUUACUGCACAACUACGCAUCAGAUCCAACAGGUCUGCGUACACCUGGAUAGGUGUGUGGCUGUUGAAAAGGCGCCUUUCGAUUCCCAGCAGCAACAGCAGCAACCACAGGGUUUGCAGGGUCUGUGCGACAAGCUCUUGAGUGGCGCUUUCACAGGCCAUGAUGCAACCUUGCAGCAGUUGACUGCAGCACUCUUGCACCGGUAUUUCGAUCUCUUGGAGCCUUCCCUGAUCGCGGCAUCGCGUCAGUCCUUCCGUGCUGCUAGUGAAAAACUUCUGGGGGCCCCCGGUACACCUGAAUCGGGAGAGCCACCCGUAGGGGCCCCCUUGUCAGCGUACCUGUCCUUUGCUGCUUCUGCGCUGCUCCGCGAGAGGAGGCGUCUGGAGCUGACGCUACACGGAGCCUCAGAGAGCCUUCUCAUGGGAAUCAUGCAGGAGGAGCUAGUUCGAAGGCACCGAGAGACUCUAGCAAAUCCUGCGGCAAUUCAGUUGUAUCUGAAGCUCGGAGACAAAGAGAAUUUGCAGAUCCUUUAUGAGCUCUUUGCUGUAGCAGAGGAGCUACCCCUGCUGAAGAAGAAUGCACUUGCUGCUGUUAGAUCGCAGGGCGAGCUUCUUCUGAAUACACUCAAGUCGGCCAGCUUGAACAGCGGCGGCAAGCGUUUUAUUGCAGAUCUGUUGGAAAUGAAGCAGACACACGAGGCGGUAUUCGUAGAUGCGUUUGCUGCCAAUCAAGACUUUCUCCUUGGACUUAAAGAAGCCUGGGAAUCCUUUCUGAUGGCUGAGGGACCCGUAGUGACGGCAAUAGCCCGUCUGCUCUCGCGUCAUAUCGAUUCCAUCAUUAGGAAGGCGGGAGCUGGCCAAAAGUCCGCCCCCGGAGAUCCUCCUGAGGGCCUUCCCGAUGAGGACCCGGAGGUUCAAAUAGAAAAAGUUAUUGGGUUGUUUGCUCUAAUUGCCGGCAAGGAAACGUUCGAGCAAUUCUAUCGAUUGGACCUCUCCCGGCGUUUGCUCUUGCACGGGCUCGCCAAUGAAGACCUUGAGAAGACACUUGUUCGGAGACUGAGAGACGUCAUUAAAUGUGUGCCUACGCCAGAGUGCGGACCCCAGUAUACCAGCAAGAUCGAGGCCAUGAUUGCAGAUAUCAAGCUCUCAGAGACCCUCAUGGAGAAAAUGAAAACUGACCCCGUGUCUGGCAAUGCGCUGGCAGCUGUGGGGUGUUCUCUGCAUGCCCGCGUGUGCGCCAAAGGGAUGUGGCCUGCCUUUGGGGGCGUAUGUGCGGCGACCUUGAUCCUCUCGCCUCCCUUCUCCACCCUGCAGGAGAUCUUUUUUGAGUACUACGGCAGAUCCGCCAGCGGAAGGAAGCUGCAGAUGGUCCCGUCUAUGAGCACCUGCGAGGUCACCGCGCGAAUUUCCCCGCCAACAAAAGCAGCAGGAGGAGAGCACGUAUACAGCGUCAACUUCAACUUCUACUCGCCUUUGAAACGCAUAAAGGUCUUACAGGCCAAAUCCCAGGCCUCACCCGAGGGCGAGGCCUCAGGGGAACCUCCCCCAGACGCCGACCUCACCCACCAAAUCGAUGCAGGUAUCGUGCGUAUCUUGAAACGGGUCUCUUCCAUGCGGCAUCAGGAGCUCUUUGGGGCUCUUGCGGAAGCCCUUAAGAGGCCUGUAGAUGCCGCAACGCUAAAGAAGAGACUCGAGAGCCUUAUCGAUAGAGACUACAUUGCCAGGGACGCAGCAGACAGCCAAGCUUACCGAUACGUGGCAUAG